CUCAUUUCCUUCACAAAUUCGAAAGAAGAAAUCAAGAAACCGUUUAUCAGAAGAAACACGGAGUUCAAUAGAGAAAAAUUGACACCUUCAUUCUCAUUUUCGCAUCACGCUUCCGCAGGUUGUUGCAGAAUCUUCGUCUUCGAAUUCGAGUUCGCUUCUUGGUAGAUCUAGCGAGUUUGUGCAGCCGAGGUGACAAGCAGCUAAGCAAUUGAAACGAUGGUUUCCUUUGAAAUGAAUGACCGCAAGAAGAUUGGGCUAGGAUUGACUGGAUUUGGCAUAUUUUUCUCAUUUUUGGGAAUCAUAUUCUUCUUCGACAAGGGAUUAAUUGCCAUGGGAAAUAUCCUCUUCAUCUCAGGAGUGACUCUAACAAUUGGUCUGAAGUCUACCAUGCAAUUUUUCAUGAAACGUCAAAAUUUCAAGGGAACUAUAUCUUUUGGUAUUGGCUUCUUUUUUGUCGUCCUAGGAUGGCCUAUACUUGGAAUGAUAUUGGAGGCAUAUGGAUUUGUCAUACUUUUCAGUGGCUUUUGGCCAACGCUAGCAGUUUUUCUGCAGAAGAUACCUAUUCUUGGCUGGCUUUUCCAACAACCAUACAUCAGAUCGUUAUUUGAUCGUUAUCGGGGCAAAAGGGUGCCUGUGUGAUCCCACUUUUCUGAGAAAUGGAAACAGUAGAUGUGGCUGGUUCACUGUUGCAGAAGAUUGAGUUACUGUGCAUAACAUGGUUUGAUGGAUAUUGUCAUAUAAAAGAACUAAAAUGUCGCCUUCAGUUUACAGCUGUGUAAUCAUUUAACAAAGUCGUCUUGUGGCAGCCUGCUUGAGAUCUCAAUUCUUUUUUCUCCUUUCUCGUCCAUUAACUCUAAAUAUACUCUGUUGGUAGUUAAAGAUUUCACUACCUUGCUAGUGGAAAGACAAAGAUAGUUUAUUCUAUUCCGCUUGUAACAAUUUUGAAUAGCUUUUGUAUUUUGGAUAUUUGUUAAAUCUAAGCUCAAUGGUUGAGCAAUGAUAUAAAUCAUGCAUCCAAAUUGCAUUUGCAGCAUAAAUGUGAUUCAUGAGG